GAGAGGCCUUCCGGUUCCUCUCGCAGAUCAGCUGACUCUGAUGCUGCUGUCAGGAGACCUCACGAACUGUAUUGAAUGGCAACUAUGAAAAUUAUCAAGCCAUAGAAACACUACAAACAGCUAUAUUUUAACUGGCAACGGCCACAUUUUAAUACACAGUUUUCUCUAGCUGCACCAGUGCUGUAAUCAUGACAGAGUUUUGGCUGAUCUCUGCACCUGGAGAGAAGACCUGCCAGCAAACAUGGGACAAAAUGAUGGCAGCCACCACACGGACCAACAACCUCUCCACCAACCACAAGUUCAGCAUACCAGACCUCAAGGUCGGGACAUUAGAUGUCUUGGUCGGACUGUCGGAUGAACUGGCCAAAUUAGAUUCCUUUGUCGAAAGUGUGGUGAAGAAGGUAGCUCAGUACAUGGCCGACGUGCUGGAGGACAGUCGAGACAAAGUACAGGAGAACCUGCUGGCCAAUGGAGUUGAUCUCGUCACCUACAUCACAAGAUUUCAGUGGGACAUGGCAAAAUAUCCCAUCAAACAGUCACUUAAAAACAUCUCUGAAAUCAUCUCAAAGCAAGUAACCCAGAUCGACAAUGACCUGAAGACAAGAGCGUCAGCCUAUAACAACCUGAAGGGAAACCUGCAGAACUUAGAGAGGAAGAAUGCGGGGAGUCUGCUGACCAGGAGCCUGGCUGACAUUGUCAAGAAGGAAGACUUUGUGCUCGACUCAGAGUACCUCAUCACUCUGCUGGUAGUUGUACCAAAGACGGGGUACACCGACUGGCAGAAAACAUAUGAAACACUCGCUGAGAUGGUGGUGCCUCGAUCCACAAAUCUGCUAUUUGAAGACAACGACAGUGGCCUGUUUAGUGUCACUCUAUUUAGGAAAGCCAUUGAUGACUUCAAACACAAAGCCAGAGAGAACAAGUUCACAGUCAGAGACUUUCAGUACAAUGAAGAGGAGAUGAAGGCAGACAAAGAGGAGAUGACGCGACUCUCCACAGAUAAGAAGAAGCAGUUUGGUCCACUUGUUCGAUGGCUGAAAGUGAACUUCAGUGAAGCCUUCAUCGCCUGGAUCCACAUUAAAGCACUAAGGGUCUUUGUGGAAUCUGUUUUAAGAUAUGGGCUGCCAGUGAACUUUCAGGCCAUGCUGCUGCAGCCAAGCAAGAAGACCAUGAAGAAGCUGAGGGAGGUGCUCAAUGAUCUGUACAAACAUCUGGACAGCAGUGCAGCAGCUAUCAUUGAUUCUGCGAUGGACAUCCCAGGCUUGAACCUGAGCCAGCAGGAGUAUUAUCCUUAUGUCUACUACAAGAUCGACUGCAACCUGUUGGACUUCAAAGUUUAACACUUUUCCUAUUUUGUCUUUAUGUUGAGUGUUGAUUAAGUUAUGUUUUUCCGGGUACAAACCUCCCCCUCCUCCUCCCCCUCCUCCCCCUCCUCCCACCGUCCCAGCUGUCUCUCUCCUCGCUGUUGCCUCUCAACAUCAGCUGCUUGAAUGACAACGCUGCAUGUUCAUUCCUUGUGGUGGAAAGGCUCAUCAACAAGCUUCUACCACUUUUACAACCAAGGGACAAAAAAAAGAAAAAGACUUUUAAAUUUUGUUUUUGUUUACAGUUUAUUUUUCUUCACAAGCCACACAAAUAAUUGAUUUUUUGAUGUGAAAAUUAAUUAAGAAAUCAAACUAAAGAGCUGUGUAUUUACUGUGUCAUUCCACAUGUGGUGGUGUGUAUUGAUAGCUACAUCUUCUGUAUCGGUGUUCGGAGAUUUGUGUUUACGUAUGGGCAGUUUUAUCAUUGUUCCCAUGGCAACCAGAUCUGUAUGUCUCUGAGAUUGUGGGUCACCCCCUGCGGACAUUGUGAAACAAAGAUGUUAUAUGAGUGUGUGUUGUUUCAUGUUGUGUAUAUUUUCUGUCAAAAAGAGAUCUAUAUCUGAGUAUUGUGUAAGCCAUUGAUUGAAUAAAUAUGAUUGA